UUUCCUCACUGACUACUUGGCAUCAUCCUUCCUUUAAAGGAUGCUCUCUCAUCUCAUUCUUUCUUCUGAGAGAGAGAGAGAGAGAUGGAGAGAGAGAGAAUAGUUUCCAUAUGUGAAGAUGAAGAUGAAGAGUACAUAGAGAUGGAGCUGAGCUCAUCAUCAGCAAGCAUAGAAUUCGAGUUCCAAAUGCCCGCCGCCACGGCCUCCCCCGCCGACCACCUCUUCCACAAAGGCAAACUCCUCCCACUCUACCUCCUCCCCUCCACCCCACCGGAAUCCGACGACGACUUCUUCUUCGAACUCAACACCUUCAUCCACCACCACCCCACCCCCAAAAUCUCCUCGCCUAAGGCUAAGAAGCGCUCCAUUCUCGCCCACAAACUCAAAGCUUACCUCAAAUCGCUCUUCCUCAAAUCCGGCAAGCACAAGCCCAGCGCCGACACGGCGAGGAGGUCCUUCUCCAGCGCCGUGAAGCGCGUGUCGUCGUCUUCCUCCAACUCUUCCUGUGUGUCAGCGUCGUCUUCUUUCUCGCUCUCGCAAGACCUGCAGUGCCUCAGGAGGACCAGCAGCGCCACUGAGACGGAGGGUUCCAUCGAAGCCGCCAUUGCUCAUUGCAAGAAAUCUCACCACAUUUUUUGAGAUUUACUCCAUUUCUUUUACUGUAUAUAUACUUGUCCUGUGUUUAUGGUGUUUGAAUAAAACACAAGUUUGUCGCA